AUAUGAAAUGGAAAUUGUCAUGCGUAUUACAUAUAUUUCUUACACCACACAAUCGUAUUACCAUCGACUCACGGAUCAGCUGUAGGGUGUAGAUUUAACGGCACGUAUCUUGGUCUGGACAAAGCACUUUUGUGGAAUUUUAUAUGAUAAGUACAUAGUCACCUGAAGUUAAUAUUCAAAACAGAGUAAUUAUUACACAGAAUUAAAUAUCAGAACAAAUUAAACCUUAUUCCUUGGGCUCUUCUUGAAAUGAAAAUAGCUAAAUCAACCGUGGCUCUUCUAAUCUUUGUAUUAAUGUUAUCAAUUUUUGUGGCAAAUGUUGCCGAUCUAAUUAAUGUUGAUUCUCAUAUAUCAGAUAAUACCUUAUCAUGCAAAGGCAUAGAACCUGUAUGGCUACAACCAAAGUUAUAUCAAAUUAGGGAAUCACCGGAUCAUUUAAUAUGGUUUAUUCAGAUAACAGACAUACAUAUAAGCAUAUUUCAAGAUCCUGGAAGAAUAAUAGAAUUAGAAGAAUUUUGCAAUAUAACAGUAAAAUCUAUUAUGCCUUCGGUUGUCCUUGCAUCAGGUGAUUUAACUGAUGCAAAAAGUAAAGAUAGAAUGGGUUCUAAUCAAAUAUUGCAAGAGUGGAAAUAUUACAGGAACAUAUUAGAAAACACAAAUGUUACAGAAAAAACAUUAUGGCUAGAUGUUAGAGGAAAUCAUGAUAAUUUUAAUGUUGUUAGUCUUGAAUCAAAAAAUAAUUAUUAUUCAAACUAUUCUAUCCAAGGGAAAAAAUAUCCAAAAUCAUAUAUAUAUAAAGUGACUGUUGGCUCUGAAACAUACUCAUUUAUUGCUAUUGAUGCUUGUUUGAAACCUGGCCCAAAGAGACCAUUUAAUUUUGUUGGUGUUUUGGAUGAACAAGAAUUAAAAAAGAUACAAGAAUUAGUAAAUAUAUCCAAAGAAAAUAAUGCAGAUUAUAUUGUUUGGUUUGGACAUUAUCCAACCUCAUGUAUAUUAUCUCAAUCUGAUACAAGUAUCAGAAAUAUUAUAGGCAAAUAUAAAGAAAGCAUGGUAUAUUUAUGUGGACACUAUCAUACUCUUGGUGGUUCAGUUCCAAAUAUGUACACAACACAACAAGCAGGAUUUCUUGAACUAGAAUUGGCAGAUUGGAAAGACAAUAGAAUGUAUCGCCUUGCAGCAAUAGACCAUGGACAGUUUUCAUUUAUUGAUAUGAAACAUCAAGAUUGGCCUGUAGUAUUGAUUACCAAUCCAAAGCAUGCUCUGUAUAUGAUGCCACGAAAAGAAAAUGUAAAUUCUAUUAUUAAAUCUACACAUAUAAGAAUAUUAGCAUUUUCAACAGUACCAAUAAAAAGUGUAGAAGUUCAGUUAAAUAAUAAAUCUUGGUUACGAUGUAAGAACGUAAAAGGACCACUGUAUGCUGUAAAAUGGAAUGCUUCAGAAUAUAGCAAUGGAAUUCAUCAUAUUCAAGUUCGCGUAAUAGAUGAAAAAGGGAGAGAAAAAAUUAUUAUGCAACCUUUUUCACUUGAUGGAUCACGAUUAUCUUUUGGUUUUCUACCUAGACUGAUUCUUAUGUCUAAUGUCAGUCGUAUUUUUCAGUUCCUGUUUGGAAGUGUACUUGUAUUAAUAGUAGCACCUUUGUGUGUUUUUCGGUUUCUUCAUAUACUUUGUGAAGCAAAGCGUAUGUCACGUCCAAGGAUACGUGUAAAAUUUUUCCGCUGGUGGAUUAGGAAAUUAUGGAUAUUAUCUACCAUUGAUCGUUUAUUUUUCCCUUUGGUCCUUUAUGCUUUAUAUUUAAUUGUUGGUCCAUGGGCGAUUGGUGAGGUGAUAGAAAAUCAUAUAGGCAUAAUAUUUGCAUGGGGUACAUUUGUUGGAAAUUCAUUUUUGCCUGGUGCUUUUACUUAUGCAUAUGGAUUUUUCCAAUUAUUUUCUUUUCAUUUACCUCUUAUGUUACUUUUGGCUCAUCAAGCAGAUAAAAGAUUGCAAAACACGGAAAGAACAUAUAAAAAAUCAUCUAAAUUUUAUUUGGUUUUACAAAAUGUACCAAUUAUACUUUUGAUUAUAAUGCAAGUAAAUAUGGCUUACUUUUUCUGGCUAGCAUAUGGAACACUUGCCACUAUUUUAUGUCCUUUGCGCACAUGGAGUGUUUUAUUAGCAUUAAUACUAUGGUAUCAAGUCAAUGCAAUGCCUCAAGCAUGUUUUAGAUCAGCAUUAUCGAUAUGGUCUGGCCAUGCUUAAUUUGUACAAAAAAUUCUUAUGAAAUGUAAGUACAGAAAAUAAUAACAAAUGAAGGAAUUUAUCCUUUGCAAUAUUAUACAAUUUACUAUUUACGUUAUUAUUUACUAUGAGAUUAAUAAGCAUUACUCGCAAUGCGAGAUAAGUAUAAUUUAAAAAACAAUACAAAUGGUAUGUUAUCAUUUGUGUCUCAAUUGUGAAUUGAAGAAUUUAAUUAGGAUUAACUUAUCCAUUCAAUCACUUGUUAUGCAUUUGUAAUUUUUCAUAAAUACUUCUAUUUAUUUCUAAAUAUUUCAUAAAUACUUCUAGUUAUUCGUACAAAUAAUAUAAACUAUCUAUUUACAAUUAAUUAAAAUAUUAAAUCUUUAAAUGCAAUAAAUAUAGACACAAUAUUCUUAUUUAUAUAUUUGAUAUGUGAUAUGGUUUAGAAAAAGGAUAAAUUAUUCUAGGAAUUAUAUCCACCGUUCUUCUCUUAUUACCUCUAAAUAAUAUGUAAUUGAUGCAAUUAUCAAGUAUGUAAUUGCAAAUCCUGAAUAUCAUUAUUCCAUUUAAUGCAAGACAAAUCAUCUUCCUUAAAAAACAAUCUUAAUUAAUACUAUAUAUUUUUCUACAUGUAAUUGUAUAUUAUUAUAUAAUAUACUAUGUAUCAUUAUUUUUUUUUCUAAAUUAUAGAACUUAGAAUAUAAUAUAUAAUUAUUCUAUAUGUUAAUGUAGAAUAUGUGAAGUGCCAUCAAUGAUAUUACUAGAAUUAUCUGUGUCAUAUAUUUAUUAUAAUAUAUAAAUAAGUAGCAUGAUGUAUAAACAAUUUAAGGAUAAUAUCUAUAUUCUAAGAUAGUAUAUAGAUUUAUUUGAAAUAUAUUUAGUAUUAAUUUUAUGUUAACAAGUACUAUCAUAUUAUUAUUAUUAUUACAACUGAUGGUACUUUUCAUAUAACAACUAAAAAAGAUUGCUGUGCUAUGUAAAAAGAAAUAUUGCUACAGAUGUGCCAAUAAAUGUUGUAGAUACAAUAACAA